GCGGAGGAAGCAAGUUUCGGUGUUAUUCUAGCAUGGAAACUUAAACUGGUUCGUGUUCCUGAAAAACUUACUGUGUUCACGAUUCAUAGGAAGUUAGAGGGUAACCGAAAUCUCCUCCAAAAAUGGGAAAACAUAUCACAUCAGCUCCCUGAAGAUUUGUUCAUCAGAGCUAUUAUUCAAAAUGGUGGAUCAUCAGCAGGAAAUGAUGUUGAAAAGUAUGUGGAAUUCUAUUUUCAGGCACAAUAUGUUGGGCCUGUUGAUGAGUUAAUUCCUCUGCUCAAACAAUAUUUCCCUGAGUUUAAUUUAACGCGAAAAGAUUGCUUCCAAGAGAGUACUACUGCUGAUGCAGAGAAAGAAUGCUAUGAAGUUCCUUGGAUCGGGUCAGUCUUAUAUUUCUUUUUCAGAAAACCAACUGAAUCACCUGAAAUUUUGCUGGAAAAGACUAUUCCAACAGUGAAAAAUUAUUACAAAGGGACAUCUGAUUUUGUGAAGACUCCAAUCCCAGAAAGUGGUUGGGAAAUGAUAGAAAGACUGUUUCUAGAAGAAGAAAAACCCCAGAUAAUUUUGGAGCCAUUUGGUGGAAAAAUGGAUGAAAUAUCAGAAUCUGAAAUUCCUUUUCCUCAUAGAAAGGGGAAUUUGUAUAAUAUUCAGUAUUUGGUAAACUGGGGUGAUAAUAGUGAGAGUGUGUCAAGCCAGAAGAUAGAAUGGAUGAGGAAACUUUACAAGGAAAUGGAGCCAUAUGUUGCAAAAUCUCCAAGAACUGCUUAUCUGAAUUACAGGGACCUUGAUUUUGGAACAAAUCAAGAGGACUACAGUUAUUCCAAGGCCAAAAUGUGGGGUGAAAAGUAUUUUAAGGGCAACUUUGAGAGAUUGGCUAAAGUGAAGAGUAAGGUAGAUCCUAACAAUUUUUUCAGAAGUGAACAAAGUAUUCCACCUUAUCAAUUAUCAUACUGAUAUAGCUGAAGAAGAUCGAGUGGAGUCCUUGCAAGAUGUUAUGUGCAUGGUAAUCAACUACUAAAUAAUACUCCCUUUCGUCCUAAUUUAUGUGACACCAUUUCCUUUUUAGUCCGUCUCAAAAUGAGUGUUACAUUUCCUUAUUUGGAAAUGAUUUAAUGGAACCAUCCAUAUUUUACCCUUAUUGGGUCCCAUUUACUCUUAAAGAUGUACUUAUUGUGAAGAAAAGUCAACAAAAGUAAACACUAAAGCAAGGCAAUUUGGUAAACAUAACAAAAUCUUUCCUUAUUUCUUAAACUUCGUGUCCGAUCAAAUGAUGCCACAUAUAAAUUGGGACGGAUGGAGUAAUAAUAAUCCGUACCGAUUGUUUGAAGUUUUACAAAUUAAAAGAGUCCUUUUUUCUAGAAUGAGAGACUCAUGGUAACAAUUUUAGUACAUGUGCUAUAAAUGUACUCAUCAUUUUGUCGACUUUAGUACAAGCUGGGAUGCUCAUCUUUUAGCGGUUCAAAUAAAUCAUGAAUAUGUGUUUCACAUAUGUGAUGUCUCAUGUUUUUAGACAAGCCGGUAUAGCUUGUGUCAAAUUGUAAUCGGAAGAGGCUUGGUUCAGACCCAAAGUUUAUUGAAUUUUUAUAUGGAUCUUUCAGAGAAACUUCAAUUUUAAAAUUAAAUUGUACUGUUUUUUAAAAUUUUAUAUGGUCCAAUAAUCUGCGGUGGGAUCACAGGAAUCAACAUAAGGUUCAUAAGAUUAUUAAAAUUGCAUUCCCUCCGUCUCAAUUUAAGUGUCUGAGUUUGACUAACACGGAAUUUAAAAAAUAAAGAGAGACUUUGAAUCUUAUGGUCCUAAAUUAAAGAUGUUGUAUAAUAUAUUAAAAAUUGGAUUUCCUAUCUCCGAUUCACUAAUCUAUUACCUCGUUGAAGUAUAUAUAUAUUUUUUAUGGAUAAUACAAACCUUGCCGACUGAGAACCCGGAUUCAGAUAUUUGGAUUUGGAUUUUCAUGUGCUUUG